AUGUCGCAGCAAAUCACCGGCGGUGGUAAUAGUAUCCCUCUGAGUGAAGUUUAUUGGUCUCUCGUUAACAAAGCCGACAAAAAAUUCUCCAAGAUCAGAGACUUGCCUUUCUAUGAACGCAGCAGGUAUGAGAACUAUUUCUUCAAGGUAUUCAAGGUAUACACACAACUAUGGAAGUUUCAGCAAGAGAAUCGGCAGAAGCUUGUAGAAGCUGGACUUAAGAGAUGGGAGAUUGGAGAAAUCGCGUCUCGUAUUGCGCAGCUUUACUAUGGACAUUAUAUGCGAACGAGUGAUGCGGGUUACUUGUCCGAGUCCUAUGUAUUCUACGAAGCAAUAUUGACUAGAGAGUACUUCAAAGAAGGGCUGUCUCAGGAUCUCAAUAUUGCAAACAAACAGCUACGGUUUCUUGCUAGGUUUCUUAUGGUGUGUUUGGUCUUAGGCCGUCGAGAGAUGGUGCAUCAACUCGUUGAGCAGUUUAAACGGUUGAUAGAUGAAUGCAAGAGGACAUUUCAGGAAACUGAUUUUAAAGAAUGGAAGGUGGUGGCGCAGGAAAUAGUUAGAUUUCUGAAAUCUGACACUGCUUUUAUGAACAUCAGGCCUCUAAGAUACAGUCUUGUGUUGGAUCCUAAUCUGGAUGUUGGUACACCUCGUGCAAGUAGGUCUUUAAGGUUGACGGAUGCAAUCUUGAGCAGUUAUCACUACAAUGAGGUCAAGUAUUCGGAGCUCACGCUUGAUUCGUUCAGGAUGCUUCAAUGCUUAGAGUGGGAACCGAGUGGUUCAUUAUAUCAGUCAACUGGUGCUAAAAUUGGUCAGAACGCUCCCACUGGAGUUACUCGUAUAAACUCCCAGAACAUGACUGAUCCUACUUUGCCCCCUAACCCUCGCAAAGCUGUCCUUUAUCGUCCAUCCAUAACACAUUUCUUGGCGGUUUUGGCCACCAUUUGUGAGGAGCUUCCUUCGAAUGGCGUACUUUUACUAUAUCUGUCUGCUUCUGGAAAGGUUGGACAGACUUCAUUAUCUCCCUUGAGUGCCAGAAGUGUAACCAGCAUUGAGGAGAAUAUUUUGAGAGACUUUGAAUCUCACACAAUCAAACAAGAGAGAGACCCAUCUGGUGACACACCUGGUCUGUCUUUGAGGCAAAUCAGUGAGGACGCAGUCAGUACACCAAGUGGUUUGUCUUUUGGCAGUCAUGGGCUCUCAGGAUCAAGCUGCAUCUAUCCCUCUGAUUUAGUCCCAUUCACAAGGAAACCUCUUUUCAUAAUCAUUGACAGUGAUAGCAGCACAGUUUUUAGGAAUAUAUGUGGAGCGGAGAAAGGAGAACCAGCCGCAUUACUUCUGUCUCCAUCACAUACUCCUCCGCUUAUCUCUGUUGAUUUCUCUCGACAACCCAGUGGUAGCCUUUUCACCAUUUUUCUCACUGCACCAGUCCAAGCGUUUUGCUUGCUAAUUGGGAUUAAUGGCUCCGAUAUGGAAACGGAUAUUUUUCUUAAGGCCGAGAAGCUUCUUUCCUCGUUUAUGAACGAAUGGGCUUCAACUUUGGCAGCAUCAGAUACCCUUCACCCUGUGUGGUCACAGAUACUAAAAGAUCCCUUCUUGAGAAGACUUCUCUUAAGAUUCAUAUUCUGCCGGGCUGUCUUGGCGCUGUACACUCCAGUCUUCAAUAACCAACAAAAUCAGCCAGAGUGCUUUCCAUCUCUCCCGGAAUCGCUAGUACCAACUGCUCCUGCCGUUCAAUCUGCUGUGCUUCAGAUGGCCAGUGUAUUUGGGGCUACAAGUAAAUUUACUUUACCUCAAGAUAUCACAAUGCUCUAA